AUGCAUAAAUGGCAUCAAAAAGUUGACAUUAAUAAAGGACUGAGCAAUCAUUUUUUCAUUAGCCACAGUCUACUCAUAGGAGCAACCAGUCAAACAUCAAAAUUCAGAUUUGGAUCUACAUUUGUUGGUUCAAAUCAAGUUGGGUCUGGAGAUUUCAGUCCUCUUUUGUUAGACAGUGACAUUGAUCCCCGUGGAAAUAUUUCUACAAAUGUUAAUGUACAACCCUGGGAUAAUGUAAAAAUCAAACUUCAAACUCAGUUUCAAGAGUUCAAAACAAAUGGAGUUCAAACAACUGUUGAAUAUAAAGCAGACAAAUAUACAGCUACUCUGUGCUUAGUCAUUCCUGAUUUCUUCAAUUAUACGGGAAUUUAUAUAUCUCAGUAUUUAUAUGCUUUGAAAAACAAAACAUCAGUGGGUGCUGAAGUCAUUCACCAACGUAGUCCACAAAUUCCAAAUGAACAUAUAACAGUAUUCAAUGAGAGUUUAAUGGGGUUGUAAUUCUAGUAUCAUUUCAAAGCUAGUGAGCAACUUCAGUUUGGUGUAGAUCUUGAAGAUAGUCUUUUACAACGAGAUAUUAAUGCAACUUUUGCAUAUCAAGCACAAAUUCCUAAAUCAGAUAUCAACAUAAAAAAAUCGUUUAUUAAUAAAAAUUCUUCGUCUUUAUUCGUAAGUGUUGGAAUGCUAAGUAAAGCUUCUUGGGUUUCUCUCAAAUUUGUGGGCAAUGUUGGAGUAUUUUUUCAUCUAGCUCUAUAG